UUUCCAUUCAGACCCGUUCGUUGAAGCGUGUCAGGCCCCCCCUCCGCCCCCACCCGUCAUGUCCUCCCACAACAACAACACGGCGCGUGUCGCCGCAGCCAGGAGAGUCGCUAUCUUCGGAGGGACGCACGGGAACGAGAUGUCAGGCGUCACGCUCGUCAACCUGUGGACGAAGAACAGCUCCGAGAUACAGAGGAAGGGAGUCGAGACCAGACCUUUCGUCGCGAACCCGUGGGCUGUGGAGAAAUGCGUCCGGUACGUGGACACCGAUCUGAACCGAGCCUUCACCCCGGAGAACCUCAGUGCAAUGGGAGGCGAUGAGCUGCCCUACGAGGUGCAAAGAGCCCAGGAGAUCAACAGGAUAUUCGGACCCAAAGGAAGCUCUGAGGCCUAUGACGUGAUCUUUGACCUCCACAACACCACGUCCAACAUGGGCUGCACUCUGAUUCUGGAAAGCUCCAAAGACUGUUUCAAUCUGCAGAUGAUGCAUUACAUAAAGAAAGCCAUCGCUCCAGCCAGUUGUCUUGUUUUGCUGAAUGAAAACCCCGACCUGAAGUACUCCACUUCACGCUCUGUGGCCAAGCACCCCGUCGGUCUGGAGGUGGGUCCUCAGCCUCAAGGAGUUUUGAGGAGUAACAUCUUUCAAGCCAUGAGAGUGAUACUGAAACACGCACUGGACUUCAUUGAGCUGUUUAACGAAGGCAUAGCGUUUCCUUCCUGCACAGUGGAAGUCUUUCGAGUUUUGGAGAGGAUCGACUACCCCAGAGACGCCAACGGAAACAUCAUCGCCAUGGUUCACCCCAACCUGCAGGACUGUGACUGGGAGCCCCUGAACCCUGGCGACCCAAUGUUCCAAACAUUUGACGGACAGACCAUCCACUACCAGGGCUCCGGCACCGUUUAUCCCACUUUUAUUAAUGAGGCAGCCUAUUAUGAGAAACAACAGGCAUUUCUAACCACCGGGCGAGAAACCCUGGUGGCAAACGCCAUCAGGAAAUCAUGAACUGUGCUCCACAAGGCGCCUGUGAAUAUUCUGUUAUUGAC